CCAAUCCACCCAGCCUCCAGCGAAAUCACCACGAUCUCCGUCGAAAUUAUCGCCAAGUUGCAGUCUCUCAGCAUGGCCGGUGCUGGGGCCAUCAAACGCGCAGCGUCCCCGAGUCGCGCUAUCUCUCCGCCUCCGAUCAAGAGAAAAGUGGAAUCUACCGUUACGAAAAAAGCUGUGUCGUCAUUUUUUACUCCUGUUUCACAGAAAAAGCCCCAGCAAAUCACUUGGCGGGUGGUGAACAACAGCGCGGUGAUAGGCAAGUAUGUCACGGGAGCCGAGCGCAAACAGACGGCCGAAAAACUCAAAGUCGCUGCGUUUGACCUGGACUCGACCUUGGUCUCUACAGCCUCAGGAAACGUAUUUCCUAAGAACGGAUCAGACUGGAAGUGGUGGCAUAGCAAGGUUCCUGCCAAGUUGAAAGAGCUCAAUGAAAAUGGGUUCCAUGUGAUUGUCAUCACAAAUCAAAAAAAGAUCAGCCUGAAGAAAGAGAUCAAGGCGGGUAACAGCGAAUCAAAAAGUCUUACUAAUUUCAAAGAAAGAGCUACUGCUAUUAUGAAGCAAAUAGACAUCCCAAUGAGUGUCUAUGCUGCCACAAAGGAUGAUAGCUAUCGGAAACCUAGGACAGGACUUUGGACCGAAUUCAUAGAUGAUUAUGACUUUGACGUUUCUGGUCUUGACCUGGCUCAUUCUGUUUUUGUUGGCGAUGCCGCUGGACGGCCGAGAGAUCACUCGCAAGUAGAUCGCGGAUUCGCCAUGAAUAUUGGGGUGUCUUUCAAGACCCCCGAGGAGUUCUUCCUAGAUCUCGACCCAGAACCACUCGUGGAGCCGUUCGACCCGUUCAUAUAUCUGCAAAAAGCACCUAGUGACGAUGUGUCGCCUCCCUUCUCUGAAGAGAGCUCACUUGAACUGGUGAUCUUCUGCGGCAGCCCUGGAGCGGGCAAGUCAACGUUCUACUGGGACUAUUUAGAACCCUUGAAAUACGAACGAGUCAAUCAAGACCUUCUGAAGACCCGUCCGAAGUGCAUCAAAGUGGCAAAGGAACACCUUGCAGCUGGCAAGUCCGUGGUUGUUGAUAACACCAAUGCCGAUGCGGAGACGAGAGCCCACUGGGUUGAAGUGGCUAGGGAAUUCAAGAUUCCGAUUCGCUGCGUAUAUUUCACUGCGUCCCCGACCCUUUGCCGGCAUAACAAUGCGGUCCGUGCUGCUAAUCAAUACCUGAAUCCGGAAUCGCGCACCCUUCUCCCCGGUAUCGCCUUCGGGGACUUUCUUCGCCGCUUCAAGGAGCCUUCCAUGGACGAGGGUUUCAAGGAUAUCAUUCGGGUGGAGUUUCAGUUCCAUGGUGAUGACGAAGCAAAGCGGCUUUGGGGCCAGUACUGGGUGUGAUCAGUAAUCACAGCCUGUUAUGAUGCAUUGCAGGAUCAAUCAAUCUUUCAAUGUGUGGACUCGGCUUGGCUGAGUCAUUUGCAUUUUAGUCUGGUGCCACCGCGCCAUCGACUGGUGACCCUAGGCUCAAGAGCUUUCACUUCUGCCAGCUUGUUCAAGCAACAAUGAUCUUUCACCAGGGUAAUCGGAUGGCUGAGAAGACUAUCGCCGACCGCAACCGAAUACACCAGAGCCGGAAUAGCAUGUAAUCUGGUAACUACUCUCGAUGCAAUGGAAUACAAAGAUUCUAUGUACAUGGGUUCCUUUGCACAAGAGUACUCGCCGAAUGCCAGAAUAUAUUGCAUCAGGCGGAUUUCUAUCUAUGUAUGUUUAAGAAUGCAAGCAUGUGAACUUUGUGUUUCCGGAGCAAAGAAUCGUGUAAAAGUAUGUCUCAAGGGUAUAAGACGC